AUGGUUAUAUACAACCGUAUAUUACAGCAAUUUAUUCGUUUCAAAAAGGAGAAAAUGGGAGAUCUGUUAAUUGAUGCUGCAGCAGGAUUAUUUGUAGAAGGCACAUUUGGGAAAUAUCUUGUUGGUUUUGGGGCAGAGAUGAUUACGAUGACACCUUCAGAUUCUCUAGAUAUAAUAAGGACUCUGCGAAUGGCUGGGUAUGCAUUGAUCAUCUUAGGAACAACACAACAUCUCUUUCAAUGCAGCUCUACAAGAUACAUUACUCUGUCUAGAAGUUUUAUCAUCCCUGAGGUCCCAAAAUUAUGUUGGCACUGUGGUUUUAAUUCUUUGCCCUAUAUAGCUCAAGGACGAGUUAAAACAUACAGAAGUGAAAAUGGAGAGGAAAUCGCUGUAAGAUUGAAACGAGACCUGAUCCCGACAAUGACUAAUGGACUUAUGUACUGGCCAUUGUGUGAUUUCUUGGCAUAUAAAGUAGUCCCUGUCCAUUUGCAGCCAUUGGUUAAUAGUUCAUUUUCAUAUGCAUGGACUAUAUAUUUGACGUACGUUGCAAAUUUGAAGAAAUUUUCUGAUUAAUUUCUACG